UUUCAAUCGCUUCCUCCUUACACAGCGAUCGUAAUGUGUUGAUUCCAAGGUAGCAUCUGGUAAAUCAAAACCGCAGUAGAAGUCAUUCAAGAAGAAAAGCAGAGUGAAAGCCCUUCAGCGCUCAGGAUCGGGCAUUCCAAGAUGGUCAAGGCGCCACGCACCAGCGCCAAAGGCGGCAACGUGACGCACGUCGGCAACAAAGCCAAGCGUCAAGAGCUCGUUCGAGCGUACAAGAAGGAAAAGAACAAGGAGAAGCUUCUGCGGAGGAAGACGCAGGCCAAGGAGGAGGUUCUGGGUGGAGAGGAAGGAGCAAGGAAGAAGGCGCAACGCUUGGCCAAGAACGUCCCCCGGACCAUCGAGAAUACAAGAGAGUUCAACCCAACCAUCCUCAACGCCCCGAAUACGCACCCCGGGCGAGGGCCCACUAAUGCUGUCGCCUCAACGUCUGCGAUGACUUUGGACAGUGGUGAUGAAGGCCGAAGCGAUGAAGAUGAGGAGGAACGACAGAGCGAGGAUGAUGAGGCGGCCAAGCAGGACGGCGCUGCCGAAGAUGCUGACGCGGAAGGUGUAGACGCGGAUGCGGACGAGUACGAUGACGCAAGUGACAUCGAAGAUGGUGCAGAAGACGUGGAAGACUCAGAUGUGGACAUGGACCCGCAUGCUCCUCCUGCCCUGCUUAUUACGACCGCGUUACCCCACAAUGCCACAUCGCCGCACCUCAACUCGCUCAAUGCGCGAUCGCAUCCUUUCGAGCGCACGCGCCAAUUCAUCAAGGAGCUCCUCAACGUCUUUCCCGGUGCCGAAUACCGUUCGCGGGCAAAAGCAAAGGGUGUCGGGCUAGGCAAGAUCGCCGGGUGGGCGCGUAAGCGCGGGUACAACGGCAUGGUCGUUAUCGGCGAGGAUGCGUCAUCCAAGUUGCCGGUCUAUCUAACAAUCAUCGGCCUGCCCAAGGGCCCAACUGCCUUCUUCCGUUUGACGUCCAUCUCAAUUGGAAAGGAGAUCUACGGCCACGCGCGACCGACGCCGCACACACCCGAGCUGAUCCUGAACAACUUCACCACCACGCUCGGCCACACCGUUGGCGGCGUCUUCCAGUCGCUCUUCCCCAAGAUCCCGCAGCUCGAAGGCCGGCAGGUGGUGACGGCGCACAACCAGAGAGACUACAUCUUCUUCCGACGGCAUCGGUACAUGUUCGCCAGCCAGGACAAAGCCAAGCUGCAGGAGAUCGGGCCGCGUUUCACGCUCAAGCUCAGAAGUCUCAAGAAGGGUCUGCCCAAAGGCGCGGGCCAGUGGGACGGCAUCGUCGACUUCGAUGGCACAGGCGAAUGUGUGGAUCCCAAGGGCGAGAAGGCAGACGAGGCAGAAGCGCUGCGCGAGAUGGAUGUUGGUGAGAGUGCGUCUGCGACAUCAAAGGUCAAGAAGGCACAACGUGGCGAUGAAGUUGUGGACGGCCUUGAAUUCGAAUGGAAGCCCAAGAUGAGCGUUUCUAGAAGGAAUUUCUAUCUCUGAUGACUUUUGUAUAUAGACUGACCCAUCCUUUAAAGCUCACUCGCAACUACACUACAAUACACCCUGUCUCG